AUGUCGAAUGAAGUUGAAGAAGAGGUUAGAGAGAAAGCGUCAGUCCUUGGAAAGUUCAAAGGACUUGUGUUUCAAGGGAUUGACGCGACGUCGAAGAAGCUUUUCUCUGCGGAGACACACAAUGCUUUAAGUACUAUUUGUGACUUAGUCAAAAACAAUAUUAAAGAAAUGAACCCGUUUGAUAUCACUGUCGGGACUUUGUACCUCUAUGUGCUCAACCUUCAACUCCUCGAUGAAGUGUAUAUGGAACACCAAGGGGUAGACACUUCUCUUAUGUCAAUAAAACCUUUAGAGUUGAGUCCCGAAGACAUCGAGCGCUUAUACCAAGUGACUCGCAUGGUCGUCGGUGUCUACGGCAUUGCUGGAUUAAAUCCCAAAGACAUAGAAGACAUUCCGUUGACUACUACCGACUUCACUUUAAACGUCUUUUUAAAUUACACAAAAACAGAGAAGGAGGAAGUCAUCGAGUUUGUCUCCGGCACAACAUUCGACCCGUCACAUCUGUUGUGUCUUAAACGGGAAAUGAAUUGCAUUGUGUUAGUCUUCCGCGGCACUUUAUCAUUACAAGACCUUCUUACCGAUUUAGUCGCCACUAUAGAACCUGUCACAGUCUUUGGAGUUGAAGGGUAUUGCCACUCUGGUAUUUACGAGUCCUCCCUUCGAAAGGUGACGCAGAUCGAGUCUAAAAUCAGUCAUCUUCACCAGCGCUAUCCGAAUUAUAAAAUCUUAAUAGUAGGACAUUCUUUGGGUGGUGGUGUUGCUGUAGUCACGUCUGCAUUAUUUUUAGAGAAACACCCCGAUUGGGAUUUGAAGUGCAUUGCACUGGCACCUGCUGCUGCUUUUACUCGAGAGAUUGCGACAUGCAAACAACUGAAGAACAUGGUUGUGUCCUUUGUGAAUAAUAAUGAUAUAGUCCCAAGACUGUCGUUGGGGAGUUUUGAGCAUUACAAAGAGAUGAUUAAAAUAGUUAAGCGAGUUGUUGGGACAAGUUCGAAAGACAUUUUAUUUGGGUCGAUUAAACAAACGGAACUGCCAACUACAAUAGCGUAUCGCAAAAUCGAUCAAUACAAAGAUGUUCUAAAGGUCUUGAUCGCACAAAUUGAAACACCUCAUCCCCCGUGUCUCCCAGCAGGAAGAGUCGUACAGAUGAUUACAAAUGUCGCCAUCCCCCUCACUAAAAUCGGUGACUUCGAUUUGGAAGGUUGGGACUUCCGUGGGGCAUAUCAUGUUGAUGACAAAAAGCCAAAGUGGUUUGAAGUGCCAAAUGAGUGUUACGGAAGAAUCAUCCCAAGAACUACUUUAACAAUAGACCACAUCCCUCAUUCAUAUGUCCGCGUGUUACUCAAGUGUUUAGUUAAUUUGGGAGGAAUGGACAUCGACGGUUAUGAAGAAAGUGACGAUGAGGAAGACUUGAAGUGUAAGACUGAUGAAAAAGUGCUUCAAAAGGAUAUGGAGACUCAAGACAAGACAAAUCAGUUUGAAAGUUAA